CAGUGUGGAGCACCUGGUGGUCACUCAUCGGCUGGACUAAAGUGGAGCUGUGUACGGUGAAGUGACAACGCAGCAAUGCGGACGAAGAGGGGCAGAAACAAGAGGGAAUAGUCCGGCUUUCUGGAGCAUCUCGGCAUCUUUUAGCUUCGUUCGGUGGUAAACUGUAACUGUAACGGACAUUUUUGUCGCAGAGAAGUACAUUAGCUGGCUUUGAAGCAAGACCGGGGCGGAUAUUUCCCGAGGAAAACCUGGAACCACAUCCGUAUUCCCAGCCCUGCGGUCGUGUGGAAUACUGACCUGAAAUAAUGAUUGCCUGAGGAUUUUUAUACCUUCUUGAAUACCUUUUUUUUUUGCCCGCAUCGCUUGCUAUUUUUUUUUUUUUUUUUACAGUGUCGCUAUGGUGGACUCCCCCACUAAGAAGAAGACUUUUUUGGUCCGAGACAUAAAGCCAUUGGAUUUGUAUGACUGCAGUAAAUCAAAAAUAUGUGCAAGUGUAGGAUGGCUGCUGGCGAAGUCCUACGGGAGUUCAGAAAAUGUCCCUGCAGAGCUGCGUGACCCCUUCUACUGUGACCAGUAUGAACAGGAGCAUCUCAAACCUCCAGUCACGCGCCUGCUGCAGUCCUCAGAGUUAUAUUGUCGCACCUACAGCAUUAUUAUUGGGAGUACUGGAUCUGAGGCACAGCCCAAAGACAACAUCGCCCUGCUGCAGCUCCUCACACAGAGAGGCAUAGUCGCCAAAGAUCAGGAAGCCACAGUUACUGAGGCAGACCUUCAACAUAAACCCAUCAAAAUGAGUGCUCAUCUGGCCGUGAUAGAUGCCUUGAUGACAGUGGGAGCCAUAGAGACUGUGACUGCAGUGAAGACAUGUGGCUCUGCUGAUCUUCUAGACGGAGCUGCCAGUUGGGAGGAUGCUCUGCUUCAUUGGGUUAAUGCGUUAAACCAGAAGCUGCGAGAACGUACAGAAGGAGCUCAGAAUGACUCGCCUCAGUCAGCAGCAGAACCCCAACCUGUUGAGCCUUCUUGUCCUACACGCUGGUAUUGGAAACUUGUUCCUCUCCGAUACAGGAAGGAUAAAAUUCCGUUCAAAGUGAAGCCGAUCUUUCCAGAGGUGAAGGAAGUUAAAGACCUCUCCAGUGGUUGUGCUCUGGCUGCUGUCAUACAUUACUAUUACCCUGGGCUACUAAGGCUUGAAGAUGUUUCAAUGAAGGACUCCAUGUCAGCAGCAGACAGCCUGUACAACCUGCAGUUCAUCCGUGAGUUCUGUGACAGCUGUUUGAAGGGCUGCUGUCACCUGGCACUGGAGGACAUGCUAUACACACCACAGGAGCUUCAGCUCAAUUUUCUGAGUUUCCUGUCUGAGCUGCUUUACUGGUUAGAAGUGCAAAGGCCAGAAUUUGUUCAGCCAAUAGAUACGUUAGAUGGAUCCACACCAGUGACACAACAUGGCAUCAGUGGUAACAGUACUUCUCCUUCCAUCUUCAAGAAGCCUUUUCUCCCCAUUUCAUCUUCUGCAUCAGGACCUUUGACUCAGUCUACCUCAAUGUCUCAUAUAGAAGGAGUUGGAAAGACAUGGAGCAAGAAACCUCUCAGCCGGCCCUUGUCAGCGGUGUCCUUCAGCAUUCCUUUUGGUCUCGACAGUGAUGUAGAUAUAGUGAUGGGCAACCCUGUAAUAACCCGCUCUAUGAGCUCAGAUCAACUUAACCCAGCAGGCCAAAACAUGAAUCAGAAAUACACUCCUGCUGAAGACAUCAGUCAUUUGGUUGGUAAAGCCCCUGGACCAAAUGGUCCACAGAGGGCAUCAUGGGCCUCACAGACUCCUGUUAUCCCAAGGCUGGCUGAGGAGAAUGGACUUGAGACAAGUGAAACUGGUGAGCUGCCUACCAUUGAAGAGGCUCUCCAAAUAAUUCACAAUGAAGGCAAGAUGGAACCUCGAUUACACCCUGAUGGUGCUCCUGAUGGCUUCUACCUCCACUCACCUGAUGAUUCUGUUAGUUCUAGAUAUGAUAGCAAUCUGGCACCCAUUAGCUGCUCUGCCCCUACACGUUCAGGAAUGAUGUACCAGCCUAAAGAGUCCAUGGAGCCAGUUCGUACCAGAAACACCUCAGGAUGUUCACGGGAUGACGACUCAGUCUUGAGAGAUGGCAGUGUAGAUUCAGAUGCCUUAGAAGACCUGCCAAAGGCCCAAUCGACUCCAAACACACCAGCUUCCCGUGCAAAUUCUGUCAUUGGCUAUAUUAAGGACGCACCUGACAGUGGAGUGAAGAUGACCAACUUUGCGGAGCGCAAAAAGAGACAUAACAUGGAUUCUCCUAAAGCUAGCGACCCAUCUUCCGCUCAGGUGACCACAUGGGCACAAAAGUCUGAAGAAAGCCCGAGCAAGAGCCCACAACUAAAUAAUGAGAUGUCUGAACUAGGAGCUCGGCUUGAAGAAAAGCGAAAAGCCAUUGAAGCCCAGAAAAAACGCAUUGAGGCAAUUUUUGCAAAGCACCGCCAAAAGCUGGGGGAACGUGCCUUUAUACAGUUAAAAAAUGAGCAGUAUGAGGUUGGCAGUGGAGAGAAAGGAGAAAAUGGUCAAGUUAGUGCCUCAUCCACAGAGGAGGAUCUCUCAUGUUUGGCUUUGGAGGAAGGGCUUGCUCGAAUGGAAGAAGAGAAAGAACAAGCUCAACAGCGCCCCUUUGUGGCAUAUGACUUAAGUGUUGGAGAAGGACCUGUUCUCAUAAAAGAGGGCAGUCAGUUUAAAGAAAAGGCAGCUUUGCCAGGGCCGAAGAGCUCUGGGACACCUGGUGAAAAAAUGGGAGCUCCUUUAGGAGAUUAUAACAAUGCUGUGUCCAAGUUAACCGCUGCGCUGUCCUCCCUGCAAACGGACAUGCAGCGGCUGAGUGACCAGCAAAAUCAACUCGUCAAGAAGACACCUGCAGCAUCCACGAACCAAUCCUGGGUUAUUCCUGCCAAACCUAAACCUUCCAGCCCAGCUCCUCCACGCCUCUCACGAGAAUCCACCCGUGGUUUAAACGUAACCUCCUCCUCUCCAUCACCAUCCCGCAAAAUGACAAACCAUACCGCUCCUCCAAAAUCUCAAGUUCAUCGGAGAGCUCAGUCUGUACCCCCUAAAAGUCCGAAACACAGUCGCCAAAUGGACACAAAAUUUCCAACCUUGUCAAGGGUUCUCACCCCACCUCAGAAUGUGGACCGCAUCCCUCAUCUUCGUCGAGUAAAUCCUUGGCAGUCUCAAGUUCAGACUUCAUCAUCCUUUUCUAUAGGGGACUCUGGCAGCCUGGAUGAGCUGCGCUCAUUUGGAGCGACUCCUAUCCCCACACCUUCAUUGACUCCUAUACCAACUCCACCUCCGCAUACUGCAGCAGAUGACACCCUGUCAGAAGUAGGCUCCAAUGAUGGACAGAGUAUUUUUAGCAUGGACAUGGAGGCAGGGCGCUUUAUCAGUCCUCUGAUAAAGAAAGAAGGCCUUGCUAGUGCAGGCUGCAGCUCUGGUGCCCCUUCAGAGUGCUCCUUUGAGAGUGAAGCCCCUGCUGGAGUGUCAAAUGGCAAUCGCAGUAGUUUAAUAGAGAGUUCUCUCUCUGCUUUGGGAGCAGAGAAGGAGGAGGAUGAUCAAGUGCCUGAUGCAUUAUCAGAUUCAAUGAGUGACCGAACUGAGCCAGAAUGGAACGCAGGAGUUGUUUUGUUUUUUAAGGAUGAUAAGGACCGACCAGAGGAUGAAAUGGCACAGCGAAAAAAAGCUCUGCUUGACAAACAGCAAAGGAGAACAGAAGAGAUGAAGAGACGCAAACUUGAGCAGGAAAAGGAAAAAGAAUCAAACAAACCCCAGUGGAUGAUCAUUGAAGGCUGGAGCAAUAAGAAUGAAGAAACACCCCAGACCCCAACCACCCCACCAGCAGAAGGGACUCCCCAGCGCAGAGGAGACUUCACCAGGCAGGAGUAUGAGAGGCGACAGCAACUGAAGAUUAUGGAAGAUCUGGACAAAGUGCUGAGGCAGAAACCCACCACAGUCCGUGGUGUAAAGAAACAGAGACCUAAGACAGUUUUCAGAGAUGAUUCAGUCUUGUCCAAUAGUCCUGUCAAGGGAAAUAGAUUGAACAAAGUGUACUCCCACUCAACGUUGAACCUGUCCUCAAUGGCUAAUGACUCUCGAGGUCUGACUGUCAGGAAAUCUCCAAGCCAAUCACACUCUCCCUCUCGGUCACGGCUAAUGUCACCAGGGCGAAUGAGUGCCCAGAAUGGUGAAAAGGACUGGGAAAAUGGUUCCACCAUUUCCUCCCCAGCCUCCAUCCCAGAAUACACAGGACCAAAGCUAUACAAGGAACCUAGCUUUAAGUCCAACAAGUUCAUCAUCCAUAAUGCAAUCACUCGGUGCUGCCUGGCUGGCAAGGUCAAUGAACCACAAAAAAACAAGAUUGUGGAGGAAAUGGAAAAAAGCACAGCCAACCACUUCCUAAUCCUCUUCCGAGAUACCAGUUGCCAGUUCAGAGCAGUUUACACCAUGAACCCUGAAACUGAGGAGAUGGUACGGCUCACUGGCAUUGGCCCACGUAACAUCACACCUGAGAUGGUGGAGUCUAUUUACAAGUAUAGCUCGGACCGUAAACAGUUCACUGUCAUCCCGUCCAAAACCAUGUCAAUGAGUGUUGACGCCUUCACUAUCCCUAACCACUUCUGGCAGAAGCGCCCAGGAACUCCUAAAAAGCUUAGCACUCCAAAAUAAAGAUUUGCCUAAAGUUGGGACGGAUGGUAUUUUUCAGGAAAUCAACCCAAAUUGACUCAGCUUCUUUUUUAUUUUGGUUUCCUGGCCAGUGUGGAGUGUCAGAUUGUUGUGUUGGAAAAAAUGGCAUGACUUCUCAGACAUUGGUCAAUUAUCAACUUGGACCCGGAGAACCAAACAGGUAAAAGAGAGAAAAAUGAGACAAUAGAAAAUGAGUCAAUCGCUCCUUAAAUGUAAGUAAAAUAAUUAAUCUACAGAGAUUCUAACAGGCUCUGCAUGAUCCACUCAGAUUGUAAAAUGUGAUGGGACAAAUUUCAUUUGGAUAAAAAAAAAAAAACUACUCUUUUCCCCUUUUCUCCUCAUGCCUUGCCUUACCUUGCCAUGUCUGAGUCAUGUUUUUUGACUCGAAAAGGGAGGGGGAAAUUACACUACCUUGGCCCGCACAACAGUAGUUUGGGCAAACGCAGCUCCCACUUCCUCUCAGUUUUGCCAGGAUUUCCUUUUGCUGCCUUUUCUUCUUCCAGGGCUCCGUUUCCCUCCAGUCUACUGAGACAAAAGGCUCAGCUGUGAUUGGAAAUGUAUAGGUAGUUAACGCUGCUCUCAUCUGAAUGUAGGGCGCACACUACCCGCUCUUUGUCAGGACCAGAAAAUACAUGUACCAUCAUAGGUGGUCCCACAGUGGACUGCACUGUCAGAGGCUACUUCCACUGCAGAUCAUUUGACGCAUAAGAAACUGCUUGUGCCCCAUACUUUCUGCACUCCAGUCCAACUCUUCUUCAGCCGUAGACAUCUGGAUGUUUUUUUGAUACUUUUUUGACAUGUUUUGCUAGCCACUGAUUGAGUCUUUGGGAGCUGGUAUAAGAAAAAAUCUUCUGUGAUGUUUAUGUCUUCAUUUGCUUUUUCAUGGAAAUAAUACUUGAGAAAACGGAAAAAAGACAGACAUGAAGGAGGGCUUCGUGUUUCUCAGUACCAGAAUAAAGCUCUGUAUGACAAUGAUAAUCAGUCUUAAUUUAAUAUAUUCUGAAUGCUGAAUUCAUUUUUUGAUGAUUUGUAAAAAUUAAGUUGACCUUUGUAAGCUACAAAUAAGCUAGCCUGCUGCUUAAGCAUUAGUAAGAUGUAUGUUUGAGAUGACGGUGAGUGAAUGAGAAUGAAUAUGAGUUGUUCAACAGGAGAAAUUGCUGAUUCUGUUUUAGGAUAAAUAAAUCCUUUAGGUCACUGAUCUUGUUUCCAAAUGCAUUAUUCCCUGUUUAUAUGUCCAGGCAUAUGAACAGUAGGUUUCUUAAUGAAGGAUCAUUUUGGACUGUAACAGCCCUCGUCUACCCCACAGUCUCUUGAGACUCCUUCAUGUACAACUGGGGAAUGUAAAAUGCCAAGUUUUGUUUCACAGAAGAAGAAAAAACUCCAGAAUUGUUUGUUUGAUUAAUUUAAUAUUGGCACAAAAUCUUGUAAAUUAGUUUUUUGUUUGCAGUCUUGCAGCACUACCACAGUUGCCAUAGGGCAGCUAUGUUCUUUUAAAAUCACAGAAUGCCUCCAUGUAAUGUGGUGAUUGAAGGGGAUUCCUGUGGAUGAAAUGUUGAAAUCGUAAAUGAGAAAUAAACUGUUUAAAGAAGUGUUUGUUGGGGAUUGCAUGUAGAUUAAAUGGAUAUUUGUAUUUAUGUACUUGUGAAGCUGCAUAUGUGGUAGUAAAGACCAUAUAUUGAUUCUGUGCAAUUCUCCCCAAAGUUCCCUACAUCACCCAGAGGUAUAUUUAUUUCCUUUUGAUUUAUUUGACAAAUUUAUUUUUUAGUUUAAGGUUCUACUUUGUCCUUUUCUCACCAUUUCUUCUCUGUUGCUUUUUUUUAAAAUUAGGGUUAUGUGUCAAAUUUCCAUUUCAAAGAAAAUGUCAUACAUUUGUUUUGUUUCUUCUGUUUUCUAAUCUGUGCCAGCACAUUUUGUAUGUUUAUUUCAUCAAGUGACUCCUUGGCAACUGGACCAGAAAAAUAAAAUCCUUUUUAAAUCAUC